AAAUUAGAAAGUAGAAGAAAACUUCUUCUAUAUAUUGAUUCCAUCUAAUGUGCAAUACUUGGAAAAAUAAGUAGCAUCCAGCUAGCUAAUUACUUAGACAUCGACUUCACACCAACCUAAUAACUUGAAUUUUCAUUUUCACAUUUUAGUUACAAAAAAUUUCACUAUAACUCACUCUCACUACAACCUCUCAUCAUAACUAACUAACACUCUUUCUCUCUCAAAUCCUCACUACAAUAUUCAAUAUUUCAUAAUGGACUUUGAUAGACUUGGACCGUCUGAUCCUGGUGGCUCCUCCCGUCGAUCCACCGCACCUCUAACACCCUCCACCACAUCAAAUUCCUCUCCUAAAAGCAAUAAGAAGCUCAUCAUGCUGUCCAUCCUCGCCGCCGUCUUGAUCAUCGCUUCCGCCAUCUCGGCUGCACUGAUCACCGUGGUCCGGUCUCGUGCUUCAUCCAACAAUUCAAACCUUCUCCAUUCCAAACCAACUCAAGCAAUCUCCCGAACCUGCAGCAAAACUAGAUACCCUUCACUUUGUAUAAACUCUCUCUUAGAUUUCCCUGGCUCAACCUCAGCUUCUGAGCAAGAACUAGUUCAUAUCUCAUUCAAUAUGACACACCGUCACAUCAGCAAAGCACUCUUCGCCUCCUCAGGUCUCUCAUAUACAGUCGCGAACCCACGAGUUCGUGCUGCAUACGAGGAUUGUCUUGAACUAAUGGACGAGUCCAUGGAUGCUAUCAGAUCAUCCAUGGACUCUCUCAUGACCACGUCCUCAACUUUAUCCAACGACGACGGUGAAUCAAGACAAUUCUCCAAUGUCGCUGGAUCAACUGAGGACGUGAUGACUUGGCUCAGUGCCGCGUUAACAAACCAAGACACAUGUCUAGAAGGCUUUGAAGACACAAGCGGUACCGUUAAGGAUCAGAUGGUUGGUAACUUAAAAGACUUGUCGGAACUCGUGAGUAAUUCCCUCGCGAUAUUUUCCGCGAGUGGAGAUAAUGAUUUUACUGGUGUGCCGAUACAGAACAAGAGAAGAUUAAUGGGAAUGAGUGAUAUCUCGCGAGAAUUUCCAAAAUGGCUUGAGAAACGAGAUAGGAGAUUAUUGAGUUUACCGGUAUCGGAGAUACAAGCCGAUAUUAUCGUUUCAAAGAGUGGUGGUAACGGUACGGUGAAGACAAUCACUGAAGCUAUUAAGAAAGCACCGGAGCAUAGUCGCCGUAGAUUUAUAAUUUACGUGAGGGCAGGAAGGUAUGAAGAGAAUAAUUUAAAGGUGGGAAAGAAGAAAACUAAUAUUAUGUUUAUAGGAGAUGGGAGGGGCAAAACUGUCAUCACAGGAAAAAGAAGUGUUGGAGAUGGCAUGACCACUUUCCACACCGCUUCCUUUGCUGCUAGUGGUCCUGGGUUCAUGGCACGUGACAUUACAUUCGAGAACUACGCCGGACCGGAGAAGCACCAAGCGGUGGCCCUCCGUGUCGGAUCCGAUCACGCGGUGGUGUACCGCUGCAACAUUGUUGGUUACCAAGACGCAUGCUAUGUACAUUCCAACCGUCAAUUUUUCCGUGAAUGCAACAUUUAUGGCACGGUAGAUUUUAUAUUUGGAAAUGCUGCAGUAGUUUUUCAAAAAUGUAACAUUUAUGCACGUAAGCCUAUGGCCCAACAAAAGAACACUAUCACAGCUCAAAAUAGAAAAGACCCGAAUCAAAAUACGGGUAUAUCCAUUCAUGAUUGUCGGAUCCUACCUGCCCCGGAUCUAGCCUCAUCAAAGGGCAGCAUUGAAACAUAUUUGGGUCGUCCAUGGAAAAUGUAUUCUAGGACUGUAUAUAUGUUGUCCUAUAUGGGUGAUCAUGUGCAUCCACAUGGAUGGUUGGAAUGGAAUGGUGACUUUGCUUUAAAAACUUUGUAUUAUGGUGAGUACAUGAAUUUUGGACCGGGCGCGGCUAUCGGACAACGGGUCAAAUGGCCCGGGUAUCGGGUCAUUACUUCAACUCUGGAGGCCAAUAGAUAUACCGUGGCCCAAUUCAUCUCUGGUUCUUCGUGGUUACCGUCCACCGGAGUGGCAUUUUUGGCCGGCUUGUCCACUUGAUCACCACCACGGAUAUAUAUAGAAAGGAUUUACAUUGUUACAUAGUCCAAACCAACUCCAAUUGGGGGAAACAUAUGGCUUAUAUAUUUAUAGUUUUAUUUUGUAUUAACUGUCCCAAAACUUUGUAUUUGGGCAAAUUUAUUUUGUCAAUGAUGCUAAUAAUAAAUUUAAGUUUUAAUCAAGCUUCACUAUAAUAGAUCUUGUAAUUGUAUUCUUCCCCUCAAA